AUGGACGGCCCUGCAAGUAGAAAUCGAGACCCUCUAGAGGCCAUGGACAGCCACGACGAAACCACCCGCCAAUUCUUCUCCCACACGGCCGCCAAGCGUGUCAACACCGACGCCGCCAUCGCAAAGGCCCUGCGCCAACAAUAUCCCAACCUCUCCGUCUCCAUCGCCCCGGCAGGCUCGUGCAAUCUGCUCGCCUACGCAUCAGGCGGCCACGCCUCGUUCACGCCCGUCGGCAGCGACAACGACGAUUCUCACGUCCCGUCCUCGCUGUCGUGGAAGGUCUACGUCCCGCCGUCGAGGCGCAUGGACGGCGACCUCGGCGUCAUCGCAAAGGACGUCUUGUUUGAAAAGUACCUGUUCCAGUGGAAGGACAAGGACUUCAUCGUGUACCUCGUCAGUGGCCGCGACGGGACCGGCGCCUACCCCCAACUCACAAACUUCUUUGUGCUCUCGACGCGCGAGGAGCUGGCCGAGCAGCUGAUACUCGCCGCCGGGCGGUGGACCAGCGAGCUGCACGAGGAGAUUUGGGUGUUUGACAGCGGCUACUGGUCCAAGAGCGCGGAGCUGUACCAGAGCGCGGCGAAGUCGUCGUGGGAGAAUGUCAUUCUGGAUGAGGACAUGAAGAAGGCGCUCAUCGAGGACCACAUGUCCUUCUUCCGGUCGAGGGCUACGUAUGCGAGGCUCAAGGUGCCGUGGAAGCGAGGCAUCAUUUAUUACGGCCCGCCUGGAAAUGGAAAGACGAUUUCUAUCAAGGCUACGAUGAAUAUGCUUUACCACCUGAAGCAGCCCGUGACGACCUUGUAUGUGAGGUCUCUGAAGUCGUUCAUGGGACCAGAGAGAAGCAUCGCUCUUGUGUUUGCCAAGGCGAGAGAGUUUGCCCCCUGCUAUCUCGUCUUUGAAGAUCUCGACACCAUUGUCACCGACGACGUCCGAAGCUAUUUCCUAAACGAAGUAGACGGUCUAAAGAGCAACGACGGCAUUUUCAUGAUUGGAAGCACCAACCAUCUCGAUCGAUUAGAUCCAGGCAUUUCCAAACGCCCUUCUCGCUUUGACAGGAAAUACCUCUUCCCAGACCCAGAUUUCGACCAACGCGUCGCCUACUGCCGGUUCUGGCAGAAGAAGCUCGCCGACAACAAAUCCAUCAGCUUCCCCGACAAGCUCUGCACCGCCAUCGCAGAAAUCACAGGCGAAUUUAGCUUCGCCUACAUGCAGGAGGCCUUUGUGGCCGCGCUGCUCGCCAUUGCGCGCAAUGAGCUGCCCGGCGACGGCGACGACGACGACGCUCAGGACGACGCCAUGGUUAUGACGAUGGAUUUGGCGGACAACGAGUGGGUCGAGGUGCUGGAUCGCCCGGUGGAGGAGAGCCCUGAGCUGGAUGAGCUGGCUCUUUGGGUUGAGAUCAAGAAGCAGGUUGCCAUUCUGCGCGAAGGGAUGGAAGAGAAGACUGCAUGA